GAGAAGUACACAGUCAAUAUCCAGGUCUGCAGCAAACAUUAAUGACCCUCCUCUAUAAAGCUGCACUGCUGCUGCACGGACCCUCGGAGCAAAGGCUACACAACAUCAACAGGGUUUCUCCGUUAUCUUUGAACUCAAGGACACACAGUAGAGCCCCGGCACAACCCGGCCACUAGUGACACUGACAGCAGCCUCCUAGGAGUUAAAGUUUCCUUAUAUGCUGAAAAGAGACAAAGACAAAGUGACCAGAGAUCAACCAGCAGACCAGAAAAUGACAAGUGCAGCAGCUCAGGAGCUUGAUGAACUUUGCUUCCUGUCGGCCCAGUCCGUUACCAGUCUGAAAGUCUCUGAACACUACAAGGUGGUCAAGCUCCUGGGAGAGGGAUCCUAUGGAAAGGUCAUUUUGGCGGUACACAAAAAGAGAGGAACUCCUAUGGCCCUGAAGUUCUUCCCUCGUCAGUCCACCUCCCUCUACUCUUUCCUGCGUGAAUACAACCUGUCGCUCUCCUACUGCACCCAUCCUUCUCUGACCCGGGCUCUUGGGAUCUUCUUCUCCACGCCGACCUACUACGUGUUUGCUCAGCAGGCUGGACUGUACGGUGACCUCUACAGUGUGAUCGUGUCAGAGCUCGGAGUGGAUGAGGAGUGUGUCCAGAGGGUGAUGGCCCAGCUGAGCGGUGCUGUCACACACCUCCACUCCCUGGGCUUCGUCCACCGGGACAUCAAACCCGAGAACAUCUUUCUGUGUGACAGCUCCUGUCGCUGGGUCAAGCUGGGCGACUUCGGCCUGGCCCGGGCCAUCGGCACCACGGUCCGAGCUGUCUGGUACGACUCGCCCUUCUGCACUCCGGAGGUGGAGCCAGGUAAAGAGGCCGAGAAGGAGAUGGAGAGGCGGCUGAGUGAAGGGACGGAGGAUGAGAUGGAGGACAUUUGGGUAACAGUGGAGCCCUGUAUCGACAGCUGGGCCCUCGGCAUCCUGGUCUACUGCCUCUUAACCGGCUGCUUCCCCUGGGAGGAGAGCACCCACGAUGACCGCGGCUACCGCAGGUACAAGGAGUGGUUUGUCCGUGAGGCGGAAAAUAAGGAGAUCAGAGACGUCGGGUGGAGGGGCGAGGAGGAAAAAGACAGUUACAGCAUCAUGGAGAAAAACCAAAGAGACAACCCUCCUCCGUCACAGUUUGGGGGCCUCAGUCCACUUGUGAUGACUCUUUUCAAGGAGCUGCUCCACCCCGAGCCCAAACAGCGGGGCAGCCCAGAGGAGAUCCUGAGCUACCUGGGAGGGCCGUGGCUGAAGGAGACAGAGAGGAGGGAGAGGAGCAAAGCAGAGGAGGCGGAGAGGGAGGCCAGAAGAAUCCGAGAGGCAGGUGGAGUGGAGGAAGAACUGCUGCGGGAGGGAAGAGGGGAGAGAUAAACUUUAUAAAGACACAUGUAUAAUGGAUGUAACUUUUCUUACUUCGAGUAUUUCUGUGUGUAAAUAUGCAUUUUACUCCAGUUGAAUUUGUACAUGGUAAGGUUCUGUAUUUUUCAUAUUUUUAUAAUUAUUUUUUAGUUACAACUUUAUUUGUAGUGUAUAUUCCAGUGUCUGUGUGUGUGAGUGUGUGAGUGUGUGUGUGUGUGUGUGUGUGUGUGUGUAUUAGUGUGUGUCUUAAUGAGUCUAUAAAUCAUAGAUGAAACUCUGAGAUGUAUUAUAUUAUCUAUAGAAUCUGUUUGAUAUUGUUGAUCUGAAUAAAGUUAAAUUAACUUAA